AUGAAUAGAAAGGAGCGAGAGGAGGAAGAAAAGGAGGAGAUGGAAGGGUACGAGUUUGAUGACGACGACGAAGAAGAAGAAGAAGAAGAAGAAGGUGAAGAUGACGAAGAAGAUCGAAGAAUUAAUAAUAGUGACUUCCCGACAGCGAUAAUCACAAAGGGUGCAUACUAUGAAAGUAUGUACGAGCGCGAGCCGGUUCCGGAUGAUGAUAUCAAGGAUAAAGAAGAAGAAGAAAUAAAAGGUCUCGCGAAAGUGUCGGAAGAGGUUUUGAGGUUGAAUCCAAAAACAGACGUUAUUACGGAUAAAAGAGCAGCGGGAAAGCAAACCUACGUACAGAGCUUGCAGAAAAUCGCGAUACGCGCGUACUUAAAAGCAGAAUUGGAUAAGUCUGACGACGAUGAGCAAACGCGCGAAAAGGUGCGCGACGCAGCUCUCAAAGGCUUAUUUGUGUAUGACGAGCAAAUCGAAACAAACAUACCGAGUGUGGAGAAAGUGAAGUUUUUGUACUGUAAGUAUGAAGAUAUCUGGGACGAGGAAAUGCGUGAGACGAAUCAUUCCACGUUCUGGCCGAUGUUCGGGAAAAAGGAGCUUGCUUUUGCCAAAGGUAAAAUAUUCCUCGAUGAAGUCGUCAUCGGCAGGGGCCAUUUGGGCUCCGAGGAGAAAGAUUCUCUUUUAAGAACCAUUGACUCCUCUUUGGCCGAAAAUCUUGAACCCGCGUUUGGUACAAUGAAACGUAGGGCGGAUGCCGCGGAAUCGCUCGUUGAAAGAGUUCUAAAAAAGUUACUCGACGGGACAACUGACUCUUCUUCAGUAAUGGACGAAAACAGUUUUAUGUGUUUUUCUCCGGCGGCGGAGGAUCCAAAAGUACUCGGUAAAGAGAAAUUUGAAGAGUUCGCAAAACUGAUCGAUACUAUUUGCGAAUUCAACUCUCUUUCGCAGACGGAGAAAAAAAAGUUUGAUGAAGGGUACAAAGCGGCGUACCAAUCAAAACAGUCGACCAUUUUGAAUACCACGCGGAUGAUCUGCACAAUAGAUGGUGUAGGUGCGGAUCAUUUCGAUACGACCUUCCGCACGCUCAUUGGCGACGACAAGAACGGUGUUCCCAAAAAUGUAUGUUGCCGUCGCUACACCACGUUCGAAAAAGUGAAGAAGUGUGUGCUUAAAAUGUUCGAAGAGAACAACAAAGAACUCGAAGUUUACUUCUUGAAACGAUUAUACGUGGUCAAUUACGCCGUUGGCAAUCAGAGCAGCCGCGCAUUUUUACAGCCUCCCGAUGACGAGGAGGAACAGUUCAUCUCGUUCGUUAAACAAAUGAUUACCGAUGAGAUUGAUUUCGUCGGAAACGAGAAGCAGUGCGCAACUGGAAUGGAAAAGGAUGAGAUUGAACGGUGCGCGCGUAAGAUUUUACCUCUCUACUGGAAGCACGUCGAUCGUAUGCACAAAGCGACUGAAUUGGCGUGGAACAAAAUGUUAAAAAUUUCGAAUAAAAAGCGAUGUCUCAUUACUUUGCACGUAGAGGCGACGCAGCGUAUAGCUCCCGGCGAUGCAAUAGGCGAACGGGUUAUCAAGCAGUACUGCUUGUCCGAAAUGAAGCGUAACUUAGCCGAAUAUUUCGACUUUUGCGCUCGGGCGAAAUUCGAGAUGGUCGUGGGGUCGAGAUGGCUUUUCCGCGACGUCAUCAUUGGCGGCAUGAAAAAGCUCAAAAUACAACGAGUUACAAGCAACGAGAUGGAACAAUCUAACGAAAAAGGGUACGCUGAAACGAAGUGGUUGAGCAAAAAUCGCUUACAUUCUGAUGAACAACUCGCGAAGACGUGCUCCUGCGACGUGGACUGGCAAAAUCUGUCGGUGGAAAGGUUCCACGUUAAUACCGCUCCUUCUUCCGCGUCUCCGUCGCAGCACGUCGUUCUGGUGACAGUGCAUGCGCAUUUGUCCCACGCUCACACGAGUGGUGGCUAUCGCUUAUUCAUACAAAGGCAACUGAACGAUAUCGAGUUCAUGUUAUGUUCGAAAGGAGGCGAGGUGGAAAUGCAGCCACUCGCAUCCGAGUUACUGAUGGCGAUCGCGGAGACUUUGCCGGCGCGCCAACUCGAAGCGCUCGCGGACGACUUUACUGAAAUUCUGCGAACUGCGUGCGAGAAAAAUAAUCAGCUCGCCAAAUACUCUGGUAUGCGAGUCAUUGCGCGUGUCCUCGUCAGUUGUUGGAUGAACGUUUCAGCUCUCCCGAAGACGCAAGAGAAGUUCGUUCAACUGCUCGGAGGCGACGAAAGACUCGCACAAUUUCAACAGGCGCGAGCGGCGGCGAGCAGUGGAAGUGAAAAUAGAAGUGAGUAUCGCAAGUUUUUAUCCGAUCGCGUUGACUCAGAGGUUUUGCCGUCUAUUUCGGAAGGACAGGUGAUGACGACCAUCGAAGGUGCAAUAAUGAAGUGCUUCGGGCUGUACAACCAACGUUUCGACAGCGCUCGCUCAAAAGACAAAGACACGAUUGAGCGUUUGUAUUUGCAUGCAAACUUACUUUUCGGAGUGCACCGUAAAUUGUUGGGCUACGAAAUGGGAGGUAAAAACGGAAAUUUAGCUCCCGCUCGAAACAAGAAGGCGGCGCCGAUGACGACGUCGGACAAAAAGGAGAAAGCAUUUUCAAAUAGAGUCGACGAUAACGAUAAAAAUAAGCGCUGGGACAAACUGAACGUGCCCGAAAUAACGAAUGAAAGUUUUCAGUCGUUAGCCGAAACGUAUGGUAUCGAGAAAAAAGAGUCUACUGCUAAUGGUAACGGCAUAAACCGCGGCAUAAACCGCGGCAACACUACAUUCUGGGAGUUGGAGAACGUCGAGGAAUUAUUUGUCGGUGUCGAAAAAUAUAUGGAAAAAAAAGCAAACCAAAAACGCAAUAUAAAGUGGGGUGUAGUCUGGAAUAUAUUGUCGCCGGAGUUUCAACAGAACGUAGAAGUUCAUAUCUCCAACAACUGGUCCUGGGGUGGACCAGUUGAUAUGAACAACAAGGAAAAAAAAUGUAUCAAAUGUAUCAGCGAUAAGUACAACAAUCUGAGACUGCUCUUCCACGAAAAGAGAGACAAGGGGGAGACGUGCUACGCGAACGUCGGAGAGAAACGAUUGAAGGAGCAUUACGAGAAAGGAGGCUUUUGGAAAGAAUAA